UUGAACUGAUGCGUACUGGCCGGUGGCCCUGAAGCGGACCCCUACACCGACAGGCAAUGUACCCUCUUUGACCCUUAACCCCUCAUCCUGCAGACAGGCCGCGCGAGUCUUUGAACGGCACAGCCGGAAUUCAAGGGCGGCGGGUGGGGUCAGACCUCCGGGAGCAGCCACCUCGGGAUGCCCUGCCCCGCGCCGGCUGUGUGCGCGGAUAACGCAGGGGCCCUGGACCCUCCGCGGUCCUACGAACCGGCAGGGCGCCAGGCCGCCCCCUCCCAGCAGCCUGCCAGGAAGCCCCCCGGGCCGCGCCCGUCGCCUAUAUCUGAGAAGCCUCCAAGAUCUGCCCGCGUCACCUCGUUCAAGCCUUCCCGUCCCCGGAAUCUUCUGGGGGCCGAACGGCCCAACGUGAUUGCCCACGCUGCGUCUGCUUGCCUCUCUCCAACGCCACGCAGGCCCCUUUGCCCGUCUGGCCUCGACUGGACGCUGGCUGAGGAGUGGGAGAGCGGGUGGGGUGCACGCCCUUAAGGCUGUGAGGUCCCCUGUCUUGGGCUCUGGCUGUCCAGGCCCGCGGACCUCUGCCAUUAGACGGGUGGAGGGAGGGGAGGGCAUAGGUUAAGUUUUCCAUCGCCUUCCUUCCCUAAGGCAACCUUCCAGCCUCAGGGUCUUUGCACUGGCAGGCUGUUCCACAGACCAGGCAGAGGAAAAGUGGCUGUCCCUGCCCGGGAGGGCCUGGAGACUUAGGCAGAUGCCUUAGUAACUGGGGUCCCAGGAGCGGACUCGCUGGACUGAAGUAUCAGGCAUCCUCUUUCAGGGAGAUUUGGCCAAACUGGCUUCAAUAACGAUGCUUGAAUCUUUCCGCUGUCUGCCCGUUCCCGCCCUUCAGUCCCGCCCAGCGCAGGUGCUACGGGACUAUCCAGUGAAGUGGUUUCGCAAACUGCUCAUCCAUAGCAUCUCCAUUUCUGUUUUCGUUUGUUUUCCGAUCUGCGGAAAACUAGAUUGUUGGGUUUUUUUUUUUUUUUUUUUUUCAUUAUUAUUGAUUUGGAA